ACCUCAUCCUGACCGUGGACAUGAUGCAGCGGUACCAGAAGGUGAAGGGUUUUGGUGGCUCUAUCACCGAUGCCGCUGCCAUCAACAUCCUUUCCCUGCCCGAAGCGGCCCAGGAUCAUCUGCUCCGCUCGUACUUCUCUGAGGAGGGGCUGGAGUACAACCUCGUCCGGUUGCCCAUGGCCAGCUGCGACUUCUCCCUCCACGCCUACACCUACGACGACGUCCCUUACGACUACGAGCUCACCCACUUCAGCCUGCGAGAUGAGGACACAAAGCUGAAGAUCCCCCUCCUGCACACAAACCACCCGCGGCCCCUGUCCGCCAGCCCCUGGACCUCCCCGACCUGGAUGAAGACCAGCGAGUCCUAUGUGGGCAAGGGAACACUGAAGGGGGAGGCUGGGGACAAGGUCCACAAGACCUGGGCCAAGUACUUCAUUCGGUUCCUGGAUGAAUACGCCAAGCACAACCUGACCUUCUGGGCGGUGACGGCAGAGAACGAGCCCACGGCCGGGCUGAUCAACAACUACCCCUUCCAGUGCCUGGGCUUCACGGCCGAGCAGCAGCGCGACUUCAUUGCUCAGGACCUGGGCCCCGCGCUGGUCAACAGCUCCCACCGCCACGUCCAGCUCAUCAUCCUGGAUGACAACCGCCUGCACCUCCCGCACUGGGCUAAAGUGGUCCUGGAGGAUGAAGAGGCGGCUCGCUAUGUCCACGGCAUUGGCAUCCACUGGUACCUGGACUUCAUUGGUCCCAUAAAGGACACAGUGGUGCCCACCCAUGAGCUGUUCCCCGACUACUUCAUCCUGGCUACGGAGGCCUGCAUCGGGGCCCACUUCUGGGAGAGGGACGUGAUCCUGGGCUCCUGGGAGCGGGGGAACCAGUACAGCCACAGCAUCCUGACGAACCUGAACCACUUUGUGUCCGGUUGGACCGAUUGGAACCUGGCCCUGGACCUGGAGGGGGGCCCCAACUGGGUCAAGAACUACGUGGACAGCCCAGUCAUUGUGGACGCCAGCGAGGGCAUCUUCUACAAGCAGCCCAUGUUCUACCACAUGGGCCACUUCAGUAAGUUCAUCCCCGAGGGCUCCCAGCGUGUGGGGGUCGUCGUCUCCAAAGAGCCCAAGAAGACGGAGCUGGAGUACACGGCUUUCCUGCGCCCUGACGGCACCGUGGUGGUGGUGGUCCUGAACCGGUCCCUGCAGAACGUCCCCUUCGGGCUGGCCGACACUGUGGGCCUCAUCGCAGCCGAGGCUCCGGCCAACUCCAUCCAGACCUACCCCAUCCAGACCUACUUGGGGCGGCGGCCGUGA